GAACAGACCACUCCAUAAGGCGCAAAACUUCAAGGAAUCGCUGGAACUGAUGCUCUUGAUAGAAGCGAUUUUUCAUAAAAACACGACGAACUUCCAAGAUAUUCGAAGAGCGUGGACUGGGCGAAAGAGACAGUCUCUUGCGCUGGUGAAACCAACCGGUGUUUCGGCAUUGUGUUGGGAACAUUGGAAACAACGGAAAUCGGGUUUAGAAUUGUUUAACAUCCAGCCCUGGGCACUUCUGAUGGAUGACGCUCGGGGAAAGGUGUCUCCAGGUCUCUUCGAAGGAAACCUCCACUUUGUUGGAAACUAUGACGAAUGUUUGCGUAUCACAGCAAAUCUCACAGAAUAUGACGAUACCAUUCCCGAAGAAAACGCAAGCUUUGAUGGCAGGUAUUGCACAGUUGAAACCACGGUGGAUAUUUCACUCAUGGACAUAGGGAUUCCAAUAGAUGUCCAGCCUGUGUUUUGGAUCGGAGAGUGUGUACCCUCGACAUGUAACGCUUCGGAUAUCGACUUACUUCUCCAGUCGGACCUGCAACAGUCUGACGAUAUUCUCGACUUUGUUUUGGCGGAGAUUCUACAGUUCCGUAGCGCGUGCCAUGACGUUCCCCAUAUUUCUGCAGAUCCUGGUGCAAUGGGAGUUCUGAUUUUUAUCUUAAUUCUGGUUUUCUUUGCCAUCAUUGGCACAAUCGUUGAUGAAGUCAAGAUAAUGAGAAAAUCAUGCUGUUCUAUGGAUGACCAAAAUACCAAAAACUACACAGGCGGUGGUCUUGACAAUAUUGGCUUCUCUGAUACAAAGAAUUUUGCAAAGCUACCUCCGUGUCCGGAUGGAUCAUUAACGGACAGCACAUUCGUAUCCAAAUCAAUCUUGAUUCAAAACGAGAAGUUGGUUCCAUCUGGUCGUUGUAGCAAAGUUUCAGAAUUGGUUCUAAGGAUGCUUUGCUCAUUUUCUAUACGACGAAACAUACGCCAUAUAUUUGCUGAUGUAAAUGAACAAGGAGUCCCUCAGUGUGUGAACGGCGCCAGAGUUCUCAGUAUGGCAUGGUUGAUCCUUGGCCUGAUGCACAUUCUGGGAGUUUUAUACUCGGAGAAGUUCACCACGCGUAGAGGAGUACUUGUUAGUAUAAUCUUUCUGAGAUUCUUGGAGAAACAUUCGGGCUCUUGGACUAUUUCUAAAUCAAUCUCACAUGGUGUGUAUUUUAUUGUACAUCGCUGGUGGAGGCUGACACCACUCUAUUUCCUGCUUCUAAUGUGUUUUGCCUACCUAUUCGAUUACAUUGGAAAUGGGCCCCUGUGGCCAGAACCCGAUGAUACAGAUCGUCAGCGUUGUUCUGAAAACAUCUGGGCUAAUUUGCUUUAUGUCAGCAAUCUGUAUAGGCCGAAAGACGCUUGUAUGGCUUUUUCCUUCCCAAUGGCCUGUGGUAUGCAGUUUUACAUUGUCUCACCUCUGCUACUUAUCCCUUUGUAUUAUUCUCCCAUAUUAGGAAGUGCACUGUUAUUGCUAUGUCUUGCCGGGAAUCUCUCUGCGCUUGCUAUCAUCAACACCAAGCUUGAGACGAGAAAUGAAACAAGCAUCCUUGAAUUUGCAAAUGAUUACUUCCAUGAAGUGAUCAUCACCCCAUGGUGCCGAAUAGGACCCCAUCUUGUAGGCUUGGCUUGUGGAUAUAUAAUACAAAAAUUUGAAAAUCACAAGCUAUCUUUCAAAGGGAAAAUGAUCAUCAUCCCAACAGCUUGGAUCAUUGCCCUGCUGUGUAUAACACUUGUGACAUUUGGUUCAUAUAGCCAAUAUGGUGAAUAUGGUCAGCCUUGGUCGACAACAACAAAUAUUAUAUAUGAAACUCUCAGCGCUCUUGUGUGGUCCAUUGGUGUUGGAUGGAUUGUUGUGGCAUGUGCAUUGGGCUAUGGAGGUGUGAUCAACAGUAUCCUCUCAUGGAAAGCAUGGGUGCCACUGAGCAGAGUAUCAUUUGCUGCCCACCUCACCUACCCCCUGGUAUUACUCACAUAUAACCUCAACAGACGUUCUCUCCUUUACCUCAGUGACAGAAAUAUUGCAUACUGGUUCUUGGGCCACUUCUCCCUGACAUAUGCCAUAGCUCUGGGAUUAACCCUUCUCAUUGAAGUACCCACACGUGAAUUGGAGAAAGCCAUAUAUCAGUUUGUUAAAACAAGCGAGGAUGUGAGUCAGAAAAGCAAAGAGUCUUCCAGCCAGGAUAAAACAAACAGUGAUGGACAUGUUAUACAAGAGGCUCAAAACCAUGGUAACAAUAUUAAGAAAGAUAAACAUAGAGUUGUGUCUGAAUUUAUGAACACAACUCUUUAAUGACUGUUAAUGUCAAUGUAUAUGUAGCUCUUUGGCAAGAUUUGUCACUUUAUAUGUAUGCGAACAUUUCUCUU